CUGGGAGUUACUUCCCAAACAUCUUCUCGUCGAAUAUCCAACGAGGAGUCUGUUAGCUAGACAGGGUUGAUCACGUUUAAUUCGACGUGGCGGAUUGAAGAAACCGAGUGAUUGUUGUUCAUAAAAUAACGUCAGUUGACAUUUCCCUUGCUGACAGCUGGUGCGAGCUCAAAACCGACAAGUUAAUAUCAGGAUGGCCGAGGCGCCAGGUACUUCUAGCGAGACGAUAACGGAGACCGUUCAAAUUAACACACCUCCACCGCCCCUGCAGGUAAGCUAGCUAUAGAAACUGCUAUAAUUAGCGAAUGAUAUGAUCAUGGAAGAUAACGACUAGGCUGUUUGUUAGCGAGUCCAAUAUGCAUCAUGAGAUUGGAGCUAGCUAAUUAUUUUAGCCAUAAUAACCGUUAGCUAGCUCAUACAAUCAUGGUGAAAUUAUUUGAUCUCACUUCACUCGAUCUAGCCUAGUUGUCAAGUUUAGUACAUUGCCAGCAGUACAAGCAAAUGUGAUGUUGACUGGCUACAUUACUCCGUUGACAAGAGAAACACCCAAUGCCUGUUAUGUGUAUGAAGGUGAAUCUCAAACAUUGGCUCCUCUCUGCGUGUCUCUCAGGAGGGACGUAGCCUGACUAUCAAGCUGAGGAAGAGGAAGACUGACAAGAAGGUGGAGUGGUCCAGCGACACAGUGGACAACGAACAUCUGGGAAGGAGGUCCUCCAAGUGUGAGUGUCCAUUUCCCACUUUAUUUCUGACUGUUUAAAUGCAGUUAUCUGUUCUCUCAUCUUCCCAGCUGGCUCUCUGCGAUAGAUAUGGAACCUGGGGAUGAGGUUAAUUACAUGUAGGCCUAUGCAUGCUGCAGUUCUAGAUAUUUUUGGUGUCUGAUGACUGAGUAUUCUUGACACCCCCACAGGUUGCUGCGUCUACGAGAAGCCCAAACAGUUCGGAGAGUCCUCCUCUGAAAGCGAGGGAGAUGACGGCGACGAGGGCUGUGGAAGUGCACACUGCAUUCUAGGACAUGGGAAAGACGGCAGGCAUGGACACAGAGGAGGGGGUGGGGGGAGUACGGUGCCUCCCAGCUCUGGGGGAUCACACGCCCACUAAUGAUUAGGAGUGGUGCUGAGGGAGGAGUGGAGCCUGGGGGUUCUUCUGUCCAUGACAAUGACACAUCUGCUACUACACACGCUCUCAUUUAGUUCAAUCACUGCAGUACUGGAGGAACAGGACGAGACAAAUAAAGAUUAGGGGAGAGGGAGGGAGAGAGAGAGCCUAUAUUUCUGCCUGUUUGAUAAGAAAAAGGUGUGCGGUUGGGAGUUAAUUGUAUAUAGUUCAAUCAUUUAACUUAUUUUUAUAAAGAAUCAUUUUCCUUAUUUAUUUAUUUGACUUAAUACUUGAUUUUAUUUAGUUAUGUGGCAGUAUCUUAGCCUGGGUGCCAG